GCAGCACAGAGGCGGCUGGAUGUGGCAGGAGACGGGUCACUGAACUGCAGCGACUUCCCACAAGACACAACUCUCCAAUGUCACCCGACAGGAUGAUGAUCUUUGGACUUCUGCUCAACGUCUUCUCUCAUGGUAGUGUUCCUGUAUCAGCGUCCUUUGAUUGUCUGGUGGCAGAGCAAGGCUGCAUCCAGGAGCAUUCCUGCAUGGUGCUCUAUCGACUGCUGGAGUACUGUGCUGCUGAGGAGGCGGUGUCACCCCUGGGCCCAGAUGCCCGUCUGGAGUGCCUGGAGGCCCAGAGCUCUUUGCAGCAGUACCGCCCCCUUCAGGUUUGCAAAUGUCAGCGUGGCUCUCGCAGGGAGGAACACUGUCUCAGGGUCUACUGGACUGUGAGAUUUGCAGCGUACGAUGAGUAUGACGUCUCCCCAUAUGAAGAACUGGAGUUAAACCUGGUGAGAAACAUUGAGAUGUCACGCAUGGCCUCCAUCAUGGCAGCGUCCACUCCUUCUGUUGAUGGCCAAAACCAGUGUCUGAAAGCAGCCCAGGACUGUGGUUUGUUUGAGAAAUGUGGCUCCCUGCGGUCAGAAUAUGUCGUUGCCUGCACCAAGAGAGCCACCGUCUCUGAGAACAACUGUAACCGCCAGAAGUGUCACAAAGCCCUACGGCGUUUCUUAGAGCGUGUGCCAGAGGAAUAUAGCUUCGCUCUCCUCUUCUGUCCCUGCUCUGACACACUGUGUGGAGAACGCCGGAGGAAAACCAUCGUCCCGUCAUGUUCCUAUGAGGAGAAUGUAAAAGGGGAGGAAAGAGUGGGCAAGCCAAAUUGCCUCAGUCUGCAGAACUACUGCUCCAGAGAUGAGCUGUGUAGAUCACGGUUUGCUGAUUUCCAACACAACUGCCAGUCUACCCCUUUGUCUGCCUCUGGCUGUAUGCGAGAGAGCAGAGCCAUGUGCUUGAAGGCCUAUGCUGGUCUCAUAGGGACCAUCAUGACUCCCAACUAUGUGAGCAACAGCAGCACCGUAGUGUCCCAGUGGUGCACGUGUGACGGCAGCGGCAACGAAUGGCAGAGCUGCCAGCGCAUCCUGCACAUGUUCAGCAACAAUAUAUGUCUGCGCAAUGCUAUCAGCUCGAUGGGAAUCUCUGCGCCUCCCGCUGUGGAAAACACGCCUGUGCCAGCUUCUCAGACCCCCCCACGUAUUUACCAGGAAGGAGUCCAUGUCAGUGUUAACACUCUCCCAGAAUUCACCAGUAUGGAGGACAGUGAGGGAGAAGAGCGGGAGGAGGAGGAGGAGGAGGAAAGCGAGGAAUUCAAUGUCAUCCCGCCUUAUUCUGAGAAGGACUCUAAUAUUGAAUCGAGGGCCAGAGGGAGUCAGCGAGGGGCAUCUAGUCGAGCAGCACCUGUGUUACCGUUACUCUUUCUGCCCACACUUCUCCUGGACUGGAAGUGGUGGGGCUACUGAAGCCUCCAUCUUAUCCUUCGCUCAUAUUUUCAACUUCCAAAUCCAUCACAGCACUCAGAGUGAAUGGCAUUGGACAUUUGUGAGGAAGAAAUGGAAAUGCUCCUAAUUUAUGUCUCACUUUCUUUGUCCAUUCUCUGAAACAAAACCUUGACUAUGUUUAUUUUUUUUAAAUUGAGUUUCUCUUAUCACCGCCUCCACAGGUGUUAUGUACCAGUCAUACCUGCAGCAUCUGCUGUGUCCUUGCACGAGUACUCUUCUAUGAAAGGACGGGAACAAUGCUAGCAGAUAUAUGUGAGUGCAUGGGUCAAUUGGGAAGUGCUGUCUGGGCAAAAUACUCCAUCUAGAGCAUGCUUCACACUCAAAGUGCAUCCCUUUUUUAACAAGAAGCACAUCGCCCAAGGCCACAUCCACUAUAUGUGCUCCCAAAACCCAUAACCAGUCUACUCCUCUGCAAGCAAACCUGAGCAUGGCCUUUGAUUUCUAUUUCAUGACUCGUGUCCCAUCCAUUUCUAUGUUGCCCCUUCAGCUCUAUCCUUCCCUCCUUCUUACUGUGGUUGAGGAAGUUAAAUCCACUUUACAAAAAGCUAAUAAGAAACUACACUGCACUUAAAGUGCUUUGUAGAACAAAAGGAAAUGUUUAAAAUUGAUACAUUUGGAAGCUCAGCUUCCUCAGAAAUGUUGUCAAACGUGUACUGUGUUGUAUUUACAUUUCAAUACUAAACGUGUCACUAGUUUGUUCAGAAUCGGCCGUUUAUCAUGACGACGGAUCGUCUUAUGUGAUUUUUGUAUUUCCAUAGCAGCCGCCACAUUAAAACCACUUCAACCGUUCUCUAUGGGACGGCACAGAAUAGGUUUUUUCACUGCGGUGAGCGUGACAGUGAUUAGACAAAUGCGGCAAAAACAUCGCUUCCAGGGAAGCUCAGCUUCUCUGGGAGUCAAUGAAGCAGUGGGCGGGCGCAGACGCUGGGCUUCUGCAUAAUGAUUGGAGGAACCAGUUUUUGAUUGACAGCGUUGCAGAAACAUACAUGACUGAGCUGGUCAUUGUGUGUCAUUUGCUCGGCUCGGUUCAUUUGUACAUAUGCACUGUAAAUAAAAACAUUAUUGUAGCAUUUCAGUGUUACGUAAUUGUCGCGGUGGCCACACAGUUGGUGUAGUGCUUAGCACUCUUGCCUUUGCGGCAAGAAGAAUUCUAUGUUCCCUCCGUGUGUGCGCACGUGAUUUCUCCGGGUUCUCCAGUUUCCACAGUCCAAAGACAUGCAGAUUUUGGGAUUAGGUAAAUUGAACACUCUGACCAUAGGCUUGAGUGUGAGAUUUGAUGGUUGUUUGUCUCUGUGUCCCUGCGAUGGACUGGCAAACUGUCCAGGGUGUCCCCCGAUGUCAGCUGAGAUUGGCAACUGACUUUGUUAACACGUCACUUAGUAUUAUUGCUGCAGGGGUUGAGAAUUCAAACAUGGGUGAAAGCAAUGAGAUCAAUUUCUUCUGUAGAAAUUAUGAUUGGAGAAAAGCAACAUAAGCAAUUAUAGCACAAUUCAAAUAGCUCAGCAUGCAGGGAGAGUCUGGAGGAAGACUCGGGAAGAGAUUUGCUGCUGUCAUACCCUCUCACUUUUUUAUCCUUAAGAGAUGUGUUUUAGCGCUCCUUCCCCAUGAUGUGCUUCAGAUGUUGGAAGAGCGAGAUGUGGAGAUAGGGAUGGACACAGGAGGCUGUAAAGCCUGCUGGCUGCUCUGAUCAUUGAGCAGCACAUUGAGCCAUUAUCUCGGCCUGAAGUAUCUUUUGCUGAUGUUAAUGAUUUUUUUUUUCCCCCUCUCGUGGCUCAUUUUCUUGUGAAAUUGUGCAGCUGCAGGGAUGAAGGUGAAGGAAAAUUGUGUAAAGUUUUUCAAAGAUGGAUAAACUUUAUUAUAUUUAUGACAGGUUUGAAAGAUCUGGACCCUGCAAGGAACCGUUCUUCACCACAUUUACAGAAAAUCAUUUCAGUCUGCUGCACAGCUUCACACAAUCAUUCCAUUUCACACAAGAGCUGCAGGUUGAGUGGUAGUACAUUUAAAUCAUGAUUAGAUCUUUGAAUGUUACUUGAGUUGGCAGUAUAGCUCUACUACUUUUUUGCCCCCACUGGGCUUGUCUACAUGAUGAUGACAGACAGUUUAAAGGCUAGAAAAAGAAGAAGAAAAAAGUGUUAAGCAGCAUUUAGAUCUCAUGAUGCCUGGCACUGCAAACAGAAGGUGAUUAGUUAUGUGUCAAGUCAAACUGACUGACGGCGGCAGCAGCAGCAACACUGUGCUUGUGAAGUGACAAUGCAGCUGUUUGGAGUAUGACUGAAAACGCACUCGCGAAAAGUUGCAAAAGUGAAUUCUUUCACUUUCGUUCAGCAGUUUCACUGGGUAAAUUUUUUCUUGCACUGCUGCUCCACACACAAACGCACCCUCAGAGCCCGUUUUCAGGAAAAGGACGUAGCGCACAUAUAAUGUCACAGUGUUUGUGUUUAAAAACACAGACCAAAUCUCCACAUUU